AUGAAUCAAAAGUUCAUUGAGCCCAGUCUCCACUCUCUCUUAGUGUCAACAGCUGAUGGCUGGCAUUAUUUUACUGUUCUUUUUGGCCAUGAAGGGCAGAAGCCACUAGAGCUGCGUUGCGAGGAUGAAGUUGAUGGAGAUGAAUGGGUAGAAGCUAUUCACCAAGCUAGUUAUUCAGAUAUUCUGAUUGAAAGGGAGGUGUUAAUGCAGAAGUACAUUCAUCUCAUCCAGAUUGUAGAGACUGAAAAGAUUGCAGCGAAUCAGCUUCGACAUCAGCUUGAAGAUCAAGACACAGAAAUUGAAAGACUUAAAUCUGAGAUUAUAGCUCUCAAUAAAACUAAAGAAAGAAUGCGACCUUAUCAAAGCAACCAGGAAGACGAGGACCCAGAUAUUAAAAAAAUUAAAAAGGUCCAGAGCUUUAUGCGGGGCUGGUUAUGUAGAAGAAAGUGGAAAACUAUUGUCCAAGAUUAUAUUUGUUCUCCCCAUGCAGAAAGUAUGAGAAAAAGGAAUCAGAUAGUUUUUAACAUGGUGGAGGCUGAAUCUGAAUAUGUGCAUCAACUUUACGUUCUUGUGAACUGUUUUCUGCGGCCCUUAAGAAUGGCUGCAAGUUCAAAGAAACCACCUAUCAGUCACGAUGAUGUUAGUAGCAUUUUCCUCAACAGUGAAACAAUCAUGUUUCUUCAUGAGAUAUUUCACCAAGGCUUAAAAGCAAGAAUAGCUAAUUGGCCUACCUUAAUCCUAGCUGACUUAUUUGACAUUCUGCUGCCAAUGCUGAACAUAUAUCAAGAAUUUGUUCGGAAUCAUCAGUAUAGUCUACAAGUACUGGCAAACUGUAAGCAAAACAGAGAUUUUGACAAACUCUUGAAGCAAUAUGAAGCCAACCCAGCAUGUGAGGGGCGAAUGCUGGAAACUUUCCUUACUUACCCCAUGUUUCAGAUUCCUAGAUAUAUUAUAACGCUUCAUGAACUUCUGGCGCACACACCACAUGAACAUGUUGAACGAAAAAGCCUUGAAUUUGCUAAAUCUAAACUAGAAGAACUUUCAAGGGUGAUGCAUGAUGAAGUGAGUGACACAGAAAACAUCCGGAAGAAUCUAGCCAUAGAAAGAACAAUAGUAGAAGGCUGUGAUAUAUUACUAGAUACCAGUCAAACUUUUAUACGCCAAGGUUCCCUUAUUCAAGUCCCUUCAGUUGAGAGGGGAAAACUUAGUAAAGUUCGUCUGGGAUCAUUAUCUUUGAAGAAGGAAGGAGAAAGGCAGUGCUUCUUAUUUACAAAACAUUUUUUAAUUUGUACAAGAAGUUCAGGAGGAAAACUGCAUCUUCUCAAGACAGGAGGUGUUCUGUCUUUAAUAGAGUGCACACUGAUCGAGGAGACAGAUGCAAGUGAUGAUGAUUCAAAAGGUUCUGGACAAGUGUUUGGACACCUUGAUUUCAAGCUUGUAGUUGAACCUACGGAUGCUCCGCCUUUUACGAUUGUCCUUUUAGCCCCAUCACGACAGGAGAAAGCUGCAUGGACAAGUGAUAUAAGCCAGUGCAUUGAUAAUAUAAGGUGCAAUGGUUUAAUGACCAUAGUGUUUGAAGAAAACUCUAAAGUCACGGUGCCACAUAUGAUCAAAUCCGAUGCUCGUCUUCAUAGAGAUGACAUUGAUAUCUGCUUCAGCAAAACACUGAAUUCCUGCAAAGUACCCCAAAUCCGUUAUGCAAGCGUCGAGCGCCUUUUGGAGCGGCUAACAGACUUGCGAUUUCUGAGUAUUGAUUUCCUGAAUACUUUCCUACAUACUUACCGCAUAUUUACUACUGCAGCUGUGGUACUGGAAAAACUUUCAGACAUAUACAGACGGCCCUUCACUUCCAUUCCUGUCAGAUCUUUGGAGUUGUUCUUUGCUACCAGUCCAAACAACAGAGGAGAGUACCUGGCUGAUGGGAAGUCACCACAUCUCUGUCGCAAGUUUUCUUCUCCUCCUCCAUUGUCACUCUCCAGAACUUCCUCACCUGUCAGAACCCGAAAACUGUCAUUGACCUCACCACUGAAUUCAAGGAUUGGUGCCCUUGACCUCUCUACUUCAUCUGUGGUGAGCAGUCCUACCUCGACCUACAGCCCGGCCACCUCCCCUCCACCAACGGGUAGCAAAGUGCCGCUGGACCUUAGCAAAGGGCCCUCCUCUCCUGAGCAAAGCCCUGGCUCCAUAGAGGACAGCUUGGAGAACCCCCGCGUUGACCUCUGUAACAAGCUGAGGAGAAGCAUUCGAAGAGCAGCAGUUCUAGAAUCCGUGUCAGUGGACCGGACAAUUCCUGAAAGCACCUCAGCAGUGGACACUACAGAGCUUUCCCCAUGUAGAUCCCCUUCGACACCACGUCAUCUCCGUUAUCGUCAACCAGGAGUACAAACUACUGACAACAGCCACUGUUCCGUUUCUCCUGCUUCAGCUUUUGCUAUUGCUACAGCUGCAGCGGGACAUGGGAGUCCACCAGGUGAGAGAAAUGUGCUGUGUGAAAGAGAGAUAACAGUAAGAUACUCUGAUCUCAAAAG